AUUCUCAGUAAAUAAACCAUUUUUGGAUCAUCAUGCUGUUUCUUUUUUUUCCAGGUGGGAAUUCUUUUUUUUUUUUCAUUCUGUUUUCUGAAGCAUGAAAUUUAAUAUCAAAGCAUUUGCUGCUUCUCUCACUGGCUUAUGUGUAUUGGUUAAAGUAGCUGAUAUAUUGUUCUUUGAUCAAUUACCUAUCUUUGGAGGUCAUAAACAACCUGACACAAAUAAAAACCCUACUCGUCAGGAAAUACGGAAACAAUUGGGUGGGUUACCUGAGGCACAUUUCUUGUCUCCUAAAGAGAAACAAGCCUAUAUCAAGGACGCAUUCGUGUUUUCAUGGAAUGGUUAUCGUAACUAUAGUUGGGGUUAUGAUGAAAAUAGGCCAGUCAGCAAUAGUCCCAGAAAUACAAGAAAUGGUUGGGGAGCAACCAUUGUUGAUGCUUUAGAUACACUCUAUAUUAUGGGUCUAAAGGCAGAAUUUAAAGAAGCUCAAGACUAUGUAUCUUUAAUUGAUUGGGGCAAGGUAAAUAAUGAUGAACCUGUGCAGUUAUUUGAAACUGUAAUUCGUUAUGUGGGCGGACUUUUGUCUGCAUAUGAUUUAUCGCAUGAAAAAAUGUUUCUAGAGAAGGCUGUUGAACUAGUGGAUCGACUGUUGCCUGCUUUUGAUACACCUACUGGUAUUCCUUAUCAAUAUGUUAAUUUUACAUCAGGCGAGCCUGUUAGAAAUGCUGUUGCUUGUUUAGCAGAAAUAGGCACAAUUCAAAUUGAGUUUACCCGACUCUCUGAAUUAACUGGCAAUUGGUCAUAUCAUGAAUUAGGGCAGCGUGUUUAUGGUGUAUUCACAGAGUCAUAUAAAGAAAAAUUCGGACUAUUUCCUCACUUGAUUGACGUGAAUACAGGCAAAUCUGUAGGCGACCAUGUUACUUGGGGUGGUAUGGGUGAUAGUUUCUAUGAAUAUCUCAUAAAACAACUGGUUGUUUCUCAAGGCAAAGAUAAAAUCAAAAGAGAUAUGGUAUCACAAAUCAUUGUUGGUCUCAAAGAGGGGUUGCUGGUUCAUUCACCUUCAGACACCAAAGCCUCAUUUCUUGCUGUAUUGGAAGGUGACAAACUUGGAUUGCAAAUGGAUGAAUUGGCUUGUUUUGCACCUGGCACUUUGCUUUUGGCUGCUCGCACUUUUCCAGAAGAAUAUGGAGGUCUUGAAAAGAUUGCCAAGAGAUUGAUGUAUGGUUGUUACAGUGCCUGGAAUUUGACAGCGACUGGUUUAGCACCAGAGAUAUUCUCCUGGGAAAUUUCAACAGAUAGAUACAAUGGCAAAAAAAGACCAGCAGUAUACCCAGUACAUCCAACCUACAUAUUGCGUCCCGAAACAUUAGAGUCACUCUAUUAUUUCUAUGUAUUUACUCAAGAUCCUAUUUAUCAAGACAUGGCUUGGGAUAUCUUCAAUUCCUUGUAUACCUAUUGUAAAUCAGAAUCAGGCUAUACAGGUGUAAGAAGAGUAGAUAUGCCCGAAAGAACAUGGGAUGAUCGUGAAGAAAGGUAAACAUAAUGUGUGUUACAACCCACUUAUUAUUUUUAGCUUCUUUUUUGCAGAAACACUCAAAUACUUGUACUUGAUAUUUGAUGACCCUAAAGAACCUCGAUUCCCUUUUGAGCAGUGGGUAUUUAAUACAGAGGCACAUCCACUUAGAAUCAUAAGCAGAGAUUUUUAUUAA